CCGUACAUUUUGUACUUCUUAGAUUUUUUUUUUUUAACAAAUUAUGUAUUUUGGGAAUCACAUAUCAUUCGACUUUGCGAAACCUGAAACGGCUCUUCAUCUGCUGAAAAGUAAAAAUGUCGUUGUCGUUUCAAUCCCGAGAGUAAUAGAAGAAAGACUCAGAUCAAACGGCCGCCGGAUAUCGCAAUGGCUCUCGACGUCAAAGUCUUCGAAUCUAUAGUUCCCUCUCGCUUCCUUUCCUUCACGAUUCCCCGGCCGGAUCUCCGUUUGCGCCUCCUCCGAAUCGCCGUCCUCGAUUCACCCUUCCCGCUCCGUGGGCCAUCUCAAGUCGCAGCACUAUUUGUUCCCCUGAACCGCGAAUCUGACUGGAUUUUCUCCACGGAGGCCGGCCAUCUCCAGCUACUCCUCUCCUUCCCCGGAAUCUCAAGGCUGGUACUGCUUGGAAGAAACCCUACCGCCGAUGAUCCCGAUUCGUCGCCCGUCACUUGCUAUGACGAAAGCCAAGGUACCCAAUUUUUGGAAAAGCUUCGAAGUAUGUUGAAACCGCUGCUAGAGGCUCUGUCCCCCAAGACUGAUGGCGCUGGCGGGUUAGAGAAUGGAUUCGCCGAUGUUCCCAUUUGUGAAUAUGUAGACAAUGUGAUUUCUAGGAGGGUCUUAACGACGAGUGUUGGGGAAUUUGUCGGUGAAAUGCUUGUAGAGGAUGUGGAGCUCGAGAUGGAGCAUACUUCGGCUGAAUGUGAUGAGAAUCAUGGGAGCAACCGCGAUUUCCGGAGGCAAUUGAGGUUUAAGAGAAUGCCAAACUUGGUUCAAACGGAGAUUAGGCUUAUUCCAGCUUUGGUAUCGAGUUCUAGUGUGGAGAUAGGUGAAAAUGUGAGCCUCAAGCCUGACUGUGGUGUUCUGGUUCAACAUUAUUUUGUUGCCAUGGUGGCUAGCCUUUCCUUGAUUGCUAAUUGUAUCGAAACACAAAUUCGAAAUGGUCUUAGGCCAAAAGCUUUGUGUUUGGGAAUUGGUGGUGGAGCUCUGCUAAGUUUCCUGAGAUCCCAAUUGGGGUUUCAGGUUUGUGGAGUGGAAAUGGAUAAGGAGGUCUUAAGAAUCGCCAAGCAGUACUUCGGGCUUGAUGAUAAUGAAAUUACCAUCCAUGUAGGAGACGCCUUUGAUUUUGUGGAUGAACUGGCUGGUGCAAGAAAACAAUCUAGUGAUAGUAAGGAAAAUAGCUGUCUCAUUGAGAGUGGCAGUUUCGAUGUGGUUUUGGUUGAUCUAGACUCUUCCGACGCCUGGAAUGGUAUCACUGCCCCACCAGUAGAAUUUCUUGAGAGGCAUACUGUGUUUGCUGCGAGAUCUAUCCUUGCUGAAUCCGGGAUUCUGGUAGUGAAUGUUGUUCCCUCGAUUAGAUUGGUAUAUGAUGACUUGAUACAGCAGUGUAGAGGAAUUUUCAGCGAGUUGUAUGAAAUAGACGUUGGAAAUGGAGAAAACUUCAUUCUGGUUGCGAAGGUAUCUCCUGUUCUGUCCUCAGCUGACGAUAGCAGGGAUUCCUUCAGUGAUAAAUUGAAGGAUCUAAUUUCUGGGAAAUACUUGGACUACAUCAGGAAAAUUUGAGUCCCGAUCUCAUUAGGGAUAUGAGUUUUUUAAGAUCCCAACUCAAAACAGAACAGUGUUAUGGGAGCUUUUUUGGUUUAUGAAUGUGUGCUGCUGCUCUUAACAUCUUCUCAUGAGGUUGGGAGCUGACAAAAAGCUUCAAGCUUUGUUGGAAACAGAAUUCAGAUUUUCAUGCAGAUGGUUUGUCGCUGGCUUUGUUCUCAAAGCAGGAUUUUUCAUCUUCAGCUUGGAGAUCUGUUUCGGUGGCGGGGGAGACUGGUUACCUGGGAAGUGAGCUUCAUUAAAUGGUCUCAUCAGGAAAAGUGAGGAUGCCACUAUUUAAAACCUGCAGAAGAUUACGACAGAGCACAUUCUGACGAAGGUAUUCGCCUCGCCAGACUGCUUCAGGAAUAAAUGAAAAACUGCUCAACGGAGUGUUGUGCGGAUGCCCUUUGGGUCUACACAAGGAAAGAACUUGUGCUGGAAGAAGAGCAAAGUUAAGCCUCACGAGCCAUCAUUAUGCUCCCUUAACCUAGCUUCUCCUUUUGCCCUUUAAUAGGGUAGCCAUAUUAUUUCUUUCUUAAAAGGACCAACCUUAGAAUUACUUCGGUAUUAGCAGUAGGUUCCAUUUGUCGAAGCCAAUCUAGUUGGAUUUCUGCUUUUGCUUCUUUUUGUCUCCAUUUCAGUAUGCUCUUGCUAAUUGCUACUAGCUUCAUAGGAUUAAGUUAGUAGAAUAAUAAAGGGAAUGGUAGCAU